AUCGUGCCACUUAUUGAAAAUUUUGUCUUCCAGGACAACUACACUUUUGCACAACCGGGGAUUCAGAGGAAAGUAAAAGUGUUGCAGGAACUUGUUAGCCGGAUCGAUGAACAAGUACAUAAACACUUGCAACAAUCAGAAGUUGAAUACCUGCAGUUUGCUUUUCGAUGGAUGAAUAACCUACUGAUGAGGGAACUUCCCCUACGGUGUACCAUUAGAUUAUGGGACACAUACCAGUCUGAACCAGAUGGAUUUUCACAUUUCCACUUGUAUGUUUGUGCUGCCUUUCUUGUCAAAUGGAGAAAAGAAAUAUUGGAAGAAAAGGACUUUCAGGGACUAAUGAUUCUUCUUCAGAAUUUACCCACAAUGCACUGGGGGAACGAGGAAAUCAGUGUUCUUCUCGCAGAGGCUUACAGACUGAAAUAUGCGUUUGCAGAUGCACCAAAUCACUACAAACGAUGAAAAGAGGCAUGAAAUUUAAAUAUGAAAGCGCUAAUUUUUCAUCUGUAUCUCAAUUCUUUGUUAUAACUUUAACCCCAUUCAUUUGGACUUGGCAUGUUGUAUUUAAUGCAGUAAUUGAGUUAUUUUGCUGAUUUAGAAACAAAAAAAGUAUCAAUUUUAUGUAAAUUUUUCACAGCAAUUAUAUCAAACUGCAGGCAAGCUGCCAUUGCUAAAGGGUAAACUAAUGAUGAAGAGAUAGUCAAGUUCUUUUGCUUAAAAAUAAGAUAUUUUGAAUAUAAUGGUAUCUGAGGCUUUCCAAAUAUCCUUCUGAGGAUUGGCUUUAUUUUUAUUUGCCCCUUCUUAUUUUUAGUCACGAUGCUUUGGAGCACAAGAUUCUGCCUUAACUCAGGCCAUAGCAAAUAUAAUUGUCCCACGCAAUAUAGGAAGUUGAAAAAGCCUUUUGGGUUGUCAAAAUUCAAGGAAACAGCCCAAUCACAAAGUAUUGUCAUCUAUACUCUUCAAAAUAACUUAUUUGAAUCCAAAAAAGAAAACUAACUUCAGGCAGUAAGAUUAUAAAAUCACUGUUGAUUUCCUAUGGCCAUUUACAGAAGUUGAAAUAGUGCCUGAUAUUAAUGAAAUGUAUCCAUAAGUGAACUAUUUAUGACCUCUCUAUUAAAGUCUGCUAUUGCUAAAUAUCUGAAAUAUUUGUCUUCAAAUGAAAUGUUGUUUUAAGAUCAAUUAUGUAAUAUUUCUUGUAUAGACUGGUUUAAGAUUGAAAAUUAACUAGUUUUCUAUUGGAAUGUUUCUUUCCAGUUACAGUGAUGCUCAGUCAUUCAACUGUGCUCUAAUAUACCAAAGACACUAUCAUAGCGUCUUUUCUGUGUGGCUGUCUCACAUACAGGAAUUAUAAAAUACAGUCUUUGUCAUGCCAUGGUCGUCUUUUGUUCUCUUUCCCCCAGGGACAACAUCAGAGAGGCCUGAAGGUCUGCUUUCUGCUAACGCAAUUCAGAUACUUAACCAUUGCAGUUAAACAUUCACAGUUCAGUUCAGGAAUUGUGCAGUGCUGAGGCUGUUUGUGAUAUACUACUUACAUUAUUGUAAAUACUACUGUGAUCUGUAACUGAAAUAAACCACAGGAUAAAAUC